AUGGGUAUGACACAUUCCUUCAUCACAGAGUGGGAUAAUACCCCCAAGACCAAGAUGCGUUUUAGUCGGGAGGUAAGCUUUGCAGAACUCCAAAGGGUGACCAACUGUAUGGCUAAGCACGAAAUUCCCAGCAUUGAGGACUUUAUAUGGGUGCUUAAGGAAGCUGCUAAGGUUCUUUCCACUUUACCAAAUAAUGUCCACGUGAUUCCUGAGCCUAAUGACCGCCUCAUCUUUGUUGGGGAUUUGCACGGGUGCUUUGAGACAUUGAUACGUUUAUUCCUUGGGUAUCCGCAACAAAAUAUCCCCAGAACGGGCUUCCCAGGUGAGAUAGUUGAUGGCAGACGCCUUGUUUACUUUUUCAACGGAGACUUUGUUGACCGAGGAGGGUCUGGAUAUCAGAUUGUCUUCCUCCUGGCGUACAUGGCAAUUGCCUGCCCUGGUUCGUGCUAUCUAAAUCGCGGAAAUCACGAGUCCGAAAUGUUCGGUCUUUCGACGCAGGGCAUGCUUGGGAACAAGUUCAUGUCGGAGAUGGCUGGUAAAUUUUCUGGAAUGGACCCGGAGACGUACAGGCCAGCUAUUGGCGAAUUCUUUUGCGCCCUUCCCAUUGCCCACACCAUAGAUCGCAAUAUAUUUAUGGUGCACGGUGGGGUACCCCUGGGAGACGACCUCAGUAAUGUUCCGCGAGCUGCUCCGCAAUCGUAUUUCAGCACCGGGUCGCCUGCCCCCAUACCCAAGGGGCUCAAGCCAUACAAGAUAAGCAACCUGGACAACCUAACUCCCUCACGCCAAAAAACAACGAACUUUGAAGACAAUCCUCGCAAACAAAAUGAGCUCUGGCACUCCUUUGUCUGGAACUAUGACCGUCUACCGUACAGCGCCGACUUCAUGGAAGAGAAUAAUUUCAAGACUAUGGUUCACUCACAUACGGCCACCCCGUUCCACCAGAUAACGUCCUUCCUUCCGCUUGAGAAAACCUCGGGAGAAAAGUACUCCAUCCAAUCGGUCAUUAAGAACCAGGAGAUGUUCGAUAGAAUGAAGGCUUUCUUCGCGAGCCACCAACUAGCAAACAGCAGUAAGCUCUCCAUCUUGGAAAUCUUCUCUUCUCCCACUAAUAACGGGACUGUGUACGCAGCCUGUGUUGACGCCGUCCCCGGGGAGCCAGGCCAACGCAUCAACUACGACCCCUUCCAGUGGACUUACAUCUUCUUGGGUAACGCAUCAGAGUAUAACUUUAUACAGCAAGGAACCACGUACUAG